GGUAGAAAUGCGCAAGCAUAUGUUAUUUGGUACCCUGUCAACAGGGAUAAAUGCUAAACAAAAGACAAAUGAGUGGGAGCGUGUUUGCGAGGCCGUCAAUGCAGUGGGGUCUCAGCAGCGCACACACUCUGAAAUUAAAAAAAAGUGGUCAGACCUCAAGGUGGAGGUGAAGCGGAGGGUUUCUGCCCACCGCCGAAGCGUGACCGCAACAGGUGGGGGGAUGGGAGUGGGGGAACUCUCCCCCUUCGAUUUGAGAGUGGCCGCUUUGAUCGGUGACACAGCUCUCACCGGAGUGGUGGGAGCCCAUGAAGGGGACACCGAUCAUCCCCAAGACAAGCAAGGAGAGGGCACGGAUUGCUCCGUCGGCCCCGGCGUCUCCUCCGUCGGCCCCGGCGUCUCCAGCGUCACCGCUGACUCCGGUUUCUCCACCGGCUCCGCUGCACGCGGCACCUCCAAUUCAUCUGCCAACCACCCGACCGGCCGUGUCCUCAACCGAGCUGUGCUGGAGUCACAGGCAGAAAUCGUCAGAGCCAUCGGUGGCAUUAAUGAUCGCCUUGAUCGGCUUAUAAAUGUACUCGGUGACAUAAGCGCGUCAAUAAAUACACUUGUGUCAAAGUAAAUUCUGUCCU